AUGGCUUCCUUGUCUUUCACUCCUCACCCACUCGCCUCCUUCGUUGCUUCUAACAAAUUCCGGUUCGGUACCGGUUCGGAGUUCCAGGUUCAGAAGAAUCAAAAACUCAGUUUCACCGUCUGUAGAGCUGGUUCUUCUUCUAUAGCCUUUCGUCACCUCGAUGCUGAUGAUUUCCGUCAUCCUCUUGAUAAACAGAAUACGCAGAUGCUGAGAGCCAUUCCGGGAUUGAAUCAACUCGGAAAAGCUCUUCUAGGAACUGUAACUGAGCAGGUUAUGUUCCUUGAGAAUAUAGGAACAUCUGUCCUUGUCUCCAAAAACCAGCUUUCUGAUCUUCACGACUUAAUGGCGGAAGCUGCUGAAAUAUUAAAUGUCAGUGCCCCUGAUCUAUAUGUUCGUCAAAGUCCUGUGCCAAAUGCAUAUACAUUAGCGAUAAGUGGUAAACAACCGUUCGUUGUUAUUCACACAAGCCUAGUGGAGCUUCUGACAAGAGCAGAGUUGCAGGCUGUUUUGGCUCAUGAGUUGGGUCACCUAAAAUGUGAUCAUGGCAUGUGGCUUACAUAUGCAAAUAUUCUAACCCUUGGAGCCUAUACUGUUCCUGGCAUUGGAGGUAUUAUAGCUCAGACACUGGAAGAGCAGAUACUUCGCUGGCUUCGAGCAGCUGAGUUAACUUGUGAUCGGGCAGCUCUUCUCGUUGCUCAAGACCCUAAAGUUGUCAUCUCCGUGCUCAUGAAAUUAGCCGGUGGAUGCCCAUCUUUGGCUGACCAACUAAAUGUUGAUGCGUUCCUGGAGCAAGCUCGAUCUUAUGAAAAAGCUGCUUCCAGCCCUGUUGGAUGGUACAUAAGGAAUGCUCAAACAAGGCAACUUUCACAUCCUCUUCCUGUUCUACGGGCUAAUGAAAUUGAUGAGUGGUCAAGAAGUUCAGCUUACAAAUCUCUUUUGAAACGUGGAAUACCUAUCAGAUCACAACAACAGAAAUUGUAG